AUGGAACUGGAGAAUAUGAGGCUGAAGGCCCAAGAAGAGGUCCAGUCCAGAGAUUUGGAGAUAGCCCAACUAAAAGCCCUGCUCAGCAGAGUACUCAAAGAGAGGGACGAGGCACAAAUGGCCUGCCAGAAAGCGUGUCUCCAAAUAGCGCUUCUCCACAAGCAGCUGCAGGACACAAAGCGCCGCCGUCUGCCGGCGCCACACUCCGGCGUCUCCGGCGUCGAGGACUUAGAACCGAGCGGAAAAAUCGACCGUUCCCUCACCAACGCCCUCUCCUCCUCGGACUGCGACGACAGCAUAGGUUCGUCGCCGCCGCGGAGGCCGGCGUCCGAGGCGGACCUACCGGUGGUGCCGGCCAAGGCGCUACCGGAGAAGGGGAGGCUGUUGCAGGCGGUGAUGAGGGCCGGGCCGCUGCUCCAGACCCUCCUCAUCGCCGGUGGUCCUCUCCCGGAGUGGCGCCACCCGCCGCCGCCGAUGGACUCGCACCAGAUCCCGCCGCCGCCGCUUCUUGUUCCGCCGCCGGCGGACGGCGGGAGAAUAAGUAGGAAGAGAGCUCACCACUGA